GUAAAAUAUUGUUUGAUCCUUCCACAGUGAACCUCAACUCAUCUUACCCCUACCCCCUAUAUCUACCCCCACUCCCCAUACCAACUUUCUACAAAUCCCCUCACAAAAGUGAAGACGAAGCAGGAAUUUGCGAGGGUCUGUCUACAACGCGACUUCCCCCCGCCUGUGUCCAUGCGCGUUCCCGUUCUUGAUAGCACUAGACUACGACGAAGCUAUCGCAUAAAAAUAUUCAGACUACGGACGACGUGAAGCUGUGCAACAAACCACACCAACAACCCCGCCAUGGCUUCAUUUAUUGGGCUCACUAUGUUGGUUACGCUCAGCGUUCCGCCAGGGGCGCAACUGAGGGGUGUGGUGAGUGGUAUCGAUCCUGGCAAGAGCUUGACCUUGCGUGAUGGUAUGGUUUUGCCAAAAAGUUUCCCCUCCACUUCAGAUGGGAGUGGUGACCACCGAAGGUUGCUAACAUGCAAAAUUUCCAGUUACCUGCCCCAGCAAUGGCAAGUAUGUCGCCGAAUUCACGAUUAAUGCUGCGGAAAUUGUGGAAUUGGUGGAAGCCAUCGAUGAGAAUUCUGCCCCUCCCCCUCCUCCUCCGGCCGCUAUACCUGUGCCCGCGCCUGUACCAACUCUACCGAUACUGGCAAAGUCCAAGACAUUCGAGGAUCCUGCGAUACUGAGUAUGGGAAAGCGGCCGGUACCUGUUUCACGGACGAGGCUUCCUGGGCAGUGGAAUGGGAGUGCGAUGGAGAAGACGGCGUCGACACAAACUGCAAGAGCCCCAGAUGACAAGACGCUCACUCAAAUUACACCCACACCUAGUGCGAACUUGGUUGAACCUAUGCAAAAUAUAAGUCUAAAGGCAGAUGUCGGCAUUGAAGCAAAUAUUCUAGAGGAGCUUGCUGCGGAUGGAGAGGUUUCGGGACAGCCUCCACCAAAGCCUGGGAGGAGAACACGAAGAAGGAAAGGCCAGGCAAAACACCAAGAUUUCAAAGAGCCAGAUGUCAUACCGGCCAAAGAUACCACGAAAUCGAAAGGCUGGAGACAAACACCCUUGUUAGAACCAAACCCGUCGUUUCAACCCUUCUCAACCUUGAAGCGUCAAAAACAGCGAGGGCGAGGACAUCCGUUAGGGGAUGAGAAUGGGUGGGCGACAGAAGAUGCAACGGAUGUUCAAGAUAUGGGCGAUUUCGACUUUGCAGGUAGUCUUGCCAAAUUCGACAAACAUACUGUCUUCAAUCAAAUCCAAGCCGAGGAUAGCGUGGCUGAUGAGGAUCGAUUGGUGGCCCAUAAUAGACUGCCGAAAACCAAACCUGGAACAGCUGGAGGAAAGAAUCUUCAUUACACUGAGAACGUCCUAGAAAUACCCAGUAGCGUCAUAAGAACAAAACCUGAUAUUUGGAAGAGUGAAGCUGGGGAGAGUGACAGAGAAGAAAGGGCAUCUCAGAGAGGAAGUGGAAGUGGUAGAAAUUCAAGGCGAGCUGGGAGGGCAGAAAGCAAGCUGAGCCUUAACCGGAAACCAGUUUCCCGUAAAGGCAGCUCAAUUAUGGCUGCCGCGGCUCCCCGUACUCACUCGGUAAGUCAAUUAUUACAAAGUUCUACAUCGUAGUCUAACUCGUCCAGCAGGCACCUCCGGCUCCAAAUAAGCCCACAUUCUAUUUAGUACCAUCCGAUCGUCGCUGUGAACCAAUUUCAGCACUGCAAAUGCUUAACCUCGAAAAUAUUGCAGAUCAUGAAUUAGGCCUCUCAGAAGAUAUGAUGGGCGAAAAUGCCGGCCGCGGUAUAGCUGAGGUUGCGCUAUCUGCCUCGAAUGCUAGUGGUGGGGGUCUUACCAAAGGCAAGGCUAGCACCAUCCCUAAUGUCAUCGUAUUUGCUGGAAACAACAAGAGCGGGCUCCGAGCCCUCGCUUCAGGAAGACAUCUCCGAAAUCAUGGCUUGAAUGUUAUUGUUUGCGUUCUCGGGCUUGAAAGAGAACAGGAACUCUUGGCCGGGGUACGGCGCCAGAUCAAAGUCUUCCGUGGCUUUGGCGGGAAAGUCAUCACGAAAUCCGAGCUCUUGGAAUAUGUAAAGACCUUGACUUCCCCCAUCGAACUCAUCAUCGAUGGUCUACUCGGCCUGACAAUUUCGUUUGAAGAGCUGAGAACAGGUGAUCAAGCAACAGCAUAUGAACUCAUUGAGUGGGCCAAUCGAAGCAAAGCUCCGGUUUUGGCAAUCGAUAUCCCUACUGGUAUCGAUCCCACGAGUGGCAAAGUUAGCAUCAUCGACGGCCGGAAAUUAUAUAUCCACGCGAGGUAUGUUGUUGCGAUGGGAGCACCGAAGAAGGGACUUUUAGAGGCCAUGGUGCUUGGGGAGGGUGUUUCGGAUGAGGAUGGGGUUGGGAUGGGGAAGGAGUGGCAGCUUUUUGUCGCGGAUGUUGGUCUUGGGGCGGCGGUUUGGAGGAAAGCGGGGACGAGGGUGAGGAGGGGGGUGGAGUUUGAGGGGAGUUGGGUGCUGGGGAUGAGGUUCCAGGGGGGUGGAGGUGAUUAG